CAAUUUAUAUUAGUUUAUAAACGAAUGUUUCCGAUAGAAUUACAGUUGUUUUUUGCAACGAACGCGUGUGUUCAAAACGACGGUAUCGCUUGUUGUUUUUUGCGCCCCAAUUUGUUAUUGUUGUCGAUUUGUAGAAUAAAAAAAAUUAAAAACUAAUUUUGAUUUAAAAAUUUUAUUUGUGUUUUUUUUCAAUAAUUGAGAUAAAUUUAAAAGAGAAGAAUUAUUUAACUUAAAUGAAAUACCCAUAUUUCUGGCGUUCUCUGCAAAGAUUGAUGCGAACCUAUGUCAAUCGAUCAAUGGAAAUUUAAAUAUAAAAUAAAUAUAUAAAAUUGAAAAUUAAAAAAAUCCCUAAAAAAUAUAUAUAAAAAACCCACAAGAAAAAGUUAUAAAUAAAACUUGAAUAUAGAAUUUUGACAGAAUAUUUUUCAAAAAAGUUCAAAAAACACCUGAAAGUUGAAAGUGAAAAUUAAAACUAAUCAAAACGUGAUUUGUGACCCAAAAUCCUAUAAAAAUCUAAAAACUAAAAAAUUAAAAUUAAAAAAAAAAAAAAAUAAAAAAAUUCAAUUUUCAAAAUUAAAAAUUACAACUUAAUUUCCAGUUCCAAAAGUGCUUGUGUGUUGACAAAAAUUCUUGGUAUUCAAAAUCUCUUCUGGAUUAUAACUAUAUUUUUUUUGGAUUAAACCUGCAUGCUGUAUUGCCUGAACAGACCUCCUGUUUGUAUUUAAAAAAAGGUAUCUAAUCUCCUUUUGGUUUUUAUUUGCUGUUCAGAGAAUAUUUAGAUAAAAACGAUCCAAACAACGAAUUGCAGGCAUUAUUGAAAUUAAUUGCCGCUUGUUAACACCACGACCACCACCACCACGACCACAAAGCCGCUUAUCUUCUGGCUCGUAAUGGCAAUGAAUGCGAGUCAGUUGGAUUUAACAAAGAAUUAUGUUUGGUCUAGACAAUAAAUUGUAAAAAUUAUUCGUUUUUACUCGUUUCCCCCCAAACCCCUGCCCCAACUUCGUUAACGAUUAUAAUUUUAAAAGCGCGGAAGUAAGCAAUCGCAACUAGGAACUCUAACGAAAAAAGUAGCCAAAAAAUUGUUGGCGAGAACGCAAAGAAAUUUUUAAGAAAACCAAACCAAAAAUAAAACGACAAACAUGGCGAUGCUCUUGGAAGCAAGGCCAUAUCGACCCUUCAAGUCGAGUGAAGAAUACUUGGAAGCGAUGAAGGAAGAUUUGGCCGAAUGGAUGAACACAUUAUAUCCCGAAUUGGCAAUAAAUGCAGAAAACUUUAUGGAUCGAUUGGAUACGGGUGUAGCAUUGUGCAAGCACGCCAACUAUGUACGCCAAGCAGCUGAGGAUUAUUUGGCUCGACGUCAGGCACGCAACAAAUCAAUGACGCGUUCAAUAACUUCAGGCUCGGCUGGGCCAAUUUUGGCCAUGGGCAAUGUACACUAUUUGGUUGGAGCCAAAAGCGGUACAUUCUUUGCCCGCGAUAAUGUAUCAAAUUUCAUAACAUGGUGCAGAAAAAGCCUUAAAAUUAUAGAGUGCCUCUUAUUCGAAACCGACGACCUCAUUAUGAGAAAAAACGAAAAACAUGUCAUUUUAUGCCUUUUAGAAGUUGCCCGCAGAGGAGCGAAAUUCGGUAUGCUAGCUCCAAUGUUGGUGCAAAUGGAGCGGCAAAUCGAUCGAGAGAUAGCCGCCGACAAUAAAGCCAAUGGCAUUGGCUGUGGCACACAGACCGAAUGUGAUGGUACACAGACAGAUUUUGGCGUGGGAACCGAGACGGUCGGUACCGAAACUGACAUUUUCGACGAUAGUGACAGUGAAAAUGAAGACGAUGACGAUCAAGGUCCCAUGUUAAUGUACGGCCCACAGCCACAAAUCAUUACAAAUGAUUUGAAGAGUCUCGAUGAGAUGGUUCGUGAUUUGGUCGAAAAAUGUACCUGUCCAUCACAGUUCCCCAUGGUCCGUGUCUCCGAAGGCAAAUAUCGUAUUGGCGAUACAAAAGUUUUAAUAUUUGUACGGAUAUUACGUUCACACGUUAUGGUGCGUGUUGGCGGCGGCUGGGAUACACUCUCACACUAUUUGGAUAAACACGAUCCUUGCCGUUGCAAGGCACAGCAUCGUUCAUCGGUGGCCGCACGUUUGAUACCGCGAGCCAAUCAGCAAACAAAUGGCAUUGAGCUGCAUAAAGCUCAGGUGAUAUUCGAAAGAUCACCACCAACAGCACGCAAAAGUAUUUCCAAUCACAACAAUGCUGGCACCACAGUAAACAACGUUAAUACCUCAUUAGCCAACAACAACCAUUCGGCUUCGUCAUCAUCGUUGCUUGCACCCGUUUAUGGAGGUCUCAAUAAAAAUCGCAGCCCUAGUCCAACUAUACAACAACGUAAAUUCUAUACAUCACCACAACAUCAAGAGCUGGCCACUGGCAACAACACUUCUCCAGCCUCGUCGCUCACAUCACCUAGUGUUGUGCGCCGUUCUAUGUCACCAAGUCCCAGGCGUUUAAUUGAUAUGCGUAAGAAACAAACUUCCUUGGAUUCGUAUAGUAAUGGCCCGAAAUCAUUGCCCAUCACCGUGGAACACGACGGCAAUAGUGGUCAUGUCCAGUAUGAUUCCUUUGAUCAGACAUCGUCGACGGGACAUGCGGCCGGACAUCAUAACUCUUCCGAUACAAGUGCAAAUAGUAAUAAAUUUGAAAAUAUUAGCGAUAAUGGAAGUGAAAUCAGUGAUGAAGGAUAUCGCAGUUUGGGUGUAAUUCAAUCGAAUGCUCAAAAGCGCGAGUCCAUACAUAGCCAAGCAUCAAUUGAUGACGCAGAAAAUAAUGUGCGUCACGAUCAAACAUCAAGUGAUUCUCAAUUCUCGCCCAGUGAAGACAUUACCAAUACAUCACAAAAAACUCCUGAAACCAUGGACAAUAGCUACACAACACAAAAUGACGACGACUUACAGCAGCAUCAUCAUCACCAUCAUGACAUUGACAAUGGUCCACAAUCAUUGCCAGCCAUCUUAAAUGCCGAACACAUUCAAGUGGCAUCAAAUAAAUUUGAGCAAUCCGGUAUCUACAUUACCGAUGAAGAAAUUACCGUUGAUGUCUCGAGCAAUACAGGCCUGAAGAAAAGUGGUUUUGCCAAUAAGAUUUUUGCUGGCAAUGGCGAUGAUACCACAGAUGCCAGUAAAACGGCUUCCAAUAAGAAUUUGUCAGGUAGUAAAAGUAAAAUUCCCUACUCGCCAAUGGCAACCCCGCAAAGACGUCGUAGCAUCGAUAACAGCACAUGUAAUACAGGAAGUCUACAGGAUUUACACUCACGUACAGGUCUACCGGUCAUGAAUCGGGCCAAGCCUGUCUACAGAUCAAUGAGAAAGCCACCAGCAGCCAUAAGUGCCAUCAGUGAGGCUAGGAAAAGUAAAUCACCAGCACCUGCAGCGGCCGCACCAACAGCUACAGUGAAGAACAUUAAUAAUACCUGGAGUGGUAGAAAUGCCCUGACUGGAGGGGGACGUAAACGCCCCACUUUGUCAAGUGAUACCUUUACACCCAAUACUGGCACUGCACCAUCGGCAUCUCCAUUUGAACGCAAUUCAAAGACCAGAUCAUCGCAUAUAAUUUAUGAUAGCAAUGGUCGCAGGGUAAAGGGUUGCACCGCAUCAUUGACCACAUCGCCAACCAAGAAUCAUGCAAAUUCCCCAUUGGCCCAACAGCUGUUGGAAGCUGCCAGCUCGGCGAAAAAUGAUGCCCAAAUAUUGGAGAAAAUGAAAACAUUGCUUCUACAAUAUUCGACCAGUAAUACCAAGUUGCAGGGUGGAGCGAAUGCAGCACGCCCACAAAAUCCCAAGAAACCAGCCUAUGAUGAUUUCACCAGUGCCUGGGUCCAUAGUAAUGGUAAUUUGGAACGUUCCGCCAGUUGUUCACCACCCACAAAGGCACCAUCGAAACGUAGCUCUGCCGCUUCGUCAUGUGAAAGCAAUGCCUCGCGGGAUAUGUCCGUAAUUGUAUCGCCCAGACGUGAACGUGGCAUGUCUAAGAUUCCAGCGCCAGUACGCCAACAUACUGAACUUUACUAACAUAAGAUUAUGUCACCACAAAUUCGUCGAAUUGUGGGAUUUCCAAAAUUGCCUAGAAAACCUUAGCAUUUAAGACAAGAGCAACUUCAGAAGUGUAAUAAUAACAACAACAACAAUAUAGAAUAGUAAUGAUUGAGUGCGAGAAAAAAGGGUCAACGUGAGUCCAAGUUCAGUUGGGGACAUUGUAUCAUUGCAUUUUCAAAUGAAUUUUGUAGUGAGAACAUGGCAUAAGCCUUGUAGUUGGCAAUGCGGCCUCAUAACUGUAAUGAACUUUUAUCUCUAGUUUAAAGGGUAUUGGAAUGAAUGUGUUCAGAAUAGAAUAAAAAAAUAGAGGUAAAUAAGAUUAAAAUUGUGAAAAGUUAUGAUCUUUGAUUGAAUGUAAAUAGAACGGCGUUUAGCAUUAAAGAGAAUUUUAGAGCUCGUUUAGACUACUAAAUCCACUCGAUUUCAAAUUUCAAUUCCGUAGCACAUAUGUCACGUAAAUCGUAUUAAUAAUAAGCUUGGAAUUGACAUUUGAGAUUGAAUGGGUUUUAAUACUCUCCUUAUCCAAGUUAUGUUUCUUUAUUGAUCAUUUCCAACCUAGCAGUUCUUAAAAUUUAUGAUUUCUAAAAUUUCAUACGAAUUUAUCAAAAAAAAGUAGACAUCUUCUGCAGUAGAAAAACAAAAUUACCUAGAGACUGCCAUUAUAAAUUUCUUUGAUAAAAACCCACAUCGUAUAUGAAUAACUUUUCUAUCCUGCAUUUAUUAAAAACAAAACAAAAGAUCCAGCAUUUUAAUAAGGUUCUAAGAAAACAAACAAUUUACCAUAAAGCCUCCUAAAUCAACACAAACAACUCCCGAUCAGGUCAAAAGAGAUUGUAAUCAUAGAAAUUAAUGCCUCUGGUUUUAUUUGCAAGACAACAUUUCAAAAAAAAACACCAAUUUAAACAUUUUUAUAUGAGAGACCUAGUAUACAUACAUUCAUAUUACUACUUUUAUAUUUAUAUAUAAAAAAAAUAAUCCAUAUAUAUCUGCGGAUUUUAAUCGGACGAAAUAGUAUUUGAAGAAAAAAGACAAAAAAGGAUAGUUUUCUAGUAUUUUUAAAGGAGAAGUAACACAGGCCGAGCAUACGUACUUGUAUGAUGACGGGGGGGCAAAUGACGGUGUCGUUGAGAGAGAAUUACACUACGUUUACAUUAAAGCUCUUUCCCACAAUAACUGGUCAAUUCCGAUAAAUUUAAUGUAUUUUUCCUUGGUUAUUUUUAUUGUGAUUGGUCAAUUAUGCCACAAAGUGCUGCAAUCAUAACGUGGCCUUAGAUUCCACAUAUUAAACAUUUUUCAUGAGAGAAGUUCGUAUGUAGGGAUCCCCUUAGGGUGGGAAUACAUAAAGCCCUUAUUUGGCUGGCUUAAGUCAUCGGCUGGCUUUUUCGUAGAGGAACAAAGAAGUUUUAGGUUGAUUUAGUUCGAUUUUGGCUCUAGGCUCCUUUGUUCAUUUCCGAAGAAGCCAGCCGAUGACUUUAGCCACCCAAAUAAGCACUUUAUGUAUUCCCACCUUUACUCCCGGAAUUCCCGUUCUCUCGCAUGAAAAAAUCCAGUUUGUGUAUAUUCGGCGUUUAUUAUGGCAUCUGCAUUUGCCUUCCACCCUAAGAAGUAGACAUCUUUUUUAUACAUCACUCUGUAGAAAUAAUUGAAAAUCUAAAUUUUAAGAAAAGAGAAACAACACUAUUGUAGUAUUACAAAAAAAAGAGAAUAGAGAAAUUUAUUUUUUCACAUGGUAUAGAAAUAGAGAUAACAGUAUAAUUAGUAAAGAAAAAAAAAAAACAUGGGCUAAUUAAGAAACAAAAAUCCUGCAAAUCGUAUUAAAUUUUUGUAAAUUACCAUUUAAUUUUUUUAUGUUUUUGGUUUUGCGACAACACAAGGCUUUAAGUGUAUAAAAACAAGGAAAUGAAUAAUUAGAUUUAUUUUUUCAAAAACAUUAUUAAGAGGCACUGGCAUGAAAGGUUUUCGUGUAGACAUAAUUUAUUUUAUAAAAUUGUCAAGAUAAUUCAAUUAGAAAGACGAAAAUUACAACAUUCACAUCAAAUCAGGUCGUUGGACCAUGCCAUGAUUGCGACAUGAAUAGUCAUGAUUUCUGCACAUGAGUUGGGUGAGUGUUGGAUAUUGGGUUGUGAGAUGAUUAGAGAACUUCGUUUUUUGUUUAGAGACACUUUAUAAUUUUAAGCUGAAACUGUUGACUACGAAAUAACAAAAAACCCAAAAUUAGAUCCCAACAACAAAAACAACACUUAUUUUUUAAGCACGUAUCUAUGUCUCAAGACAAAAAAAGAGUAUAUUUUUUAAUAAUUGUUUUCUUUCUUUUUUCUUUUUUUACCCCACUUAGAUUUAAAAUGAAAACUAAAUUUAAUUUUGGUGCUUAAUUUAAUGACAUAUAUAAUGUAUUCAAAAUGAAAAUCCUAUAAUCAAAAUAACAACAACAACACACAUACACAGUUAAUUAUAUAUAUGUAUAAUCCCUCUCUCUUAAAUAAUUAUAUACUCAAUUUUAUAAACCUUUUUAUUGAAUACUCCUAUACUCAAAGAAACAACAAAUACUAAACAAAACAAAAACAUACACAUUGCAUUGAAGGAGAAGCUAAUAAUUCACAAGGAACCCAGCUCUGUACACAGGUGUUGACAGAGUUGUAUUUUAACUGACUCACAAUUAAACAACAGGGUGACAUGACAAGUUUCCCUUUGGACGAAAAACAAAUCACAAGCUUUUUUCCCUCUCAUUGGCUUCUCAAUUCAAAGUCUUUGAAAAUGUAUGUUAACUUUUUAUAACAAAAACAAUAUAUUUUAAACAACAACAACAACAACUACUACUACAUACUUGUCACAAUUACUAAUUUUAAUUAUAUAAAUCAAACAAACAACUCUAAAUGAGCACAACUUUAAACAAAACUAAAACAAAUAAUUAAUUAUUAUAAAAAAGCUUUUAAAAAUACACACACACACAUAAGCCAAAUAUGAAAAACAAAACAACAACAUAAAAUGAUAAUAAUUUUGUUAAAGAAUUGCUGUGGAUGGAGGAAGGGUCAAGGCAAUCAUAUCAAAAGGCAAGGAUUGGCCUCUGCUGUCCCUAAAACAAACUCUCCAGCCACAUAAAAUUCUUCUUCUUCAUCUUCUUGCAUUAAAGUUAAACUUUAUUUGAAAUAAAACGUUUUGUUCAACAAUAUUCAACAACAAUUUAAUUGUUAUCAAAAACACAAAGAUAAGAAAAAAAAACAAACAAGCAAAUCAAAACAAAGCAAGUAAUUAAAUUAAAUGUUAAACAAAUUUGUUUGUAUUUAAGUAACAUAUCUUAAUUAAGUUUAAGUAACUUUCUAAGGCUACGUUUAUAUAGAGGGUGUACAAAACCAGUUCUAUUUGACAUAUCUUGGUAUGUAUGUAUACAAUGGACGCCAUAAACAUAGCCUGAAGAAUUGUAGAAUUGCAAUUCUUCUCUCUUUUUUGGUUAAGAUUUUCCUCUCCCUCUCUCUCUUGCUUUCUUUGUAAUAUAUUAUUUCUUUCUCUCUUUUUUUAUAUUGUAAUCUGUUAAGCGAAACCUAAA